AUGAAGAUUCACGAAUUGACACACGAAAACGUUCAACCAUUCAAACGUAAACAGUGUGGUAAGAAUUUCAUUCGGAAGGGUAAUUUGAAAAAACACGUGAAUAUACACAAAAGUUCGAAUGAAAAGCUGUAUUCUACAACGGACGAUCUGAAUCGAAACAAAUCGACGCACGAGGAAGCACGACGAUUCAAAUGUGAAAGGUGCGAUAAAGCUUUCAAAAAGCGCCAUCAUCUGGAACAGCAUAUGAAGACGCAUGUGGACAAAAAACACUGA